AUGGUCCCUGAAAGUCUUAAUGAGAUGUUGCUUUUGCCCAUUCUAUAUGCAUUCAAAUUAUGGGGUGGAGCCUCCAGUGUUCUUAAAAGAAAGUUGUUGCUCUUUGUGGCCAGCGGGAAAAUAGAAUCCUACAGCAUUAACAUGAACUUAUUGGAAUUUACCAUACUGACUGUGCCUGUUUCUGGCGCUACCAUUCUGAUGAACAUGUUUUUUGUGUACUGUAUGUUUUUUCCAGAGAACGGAACAAAGAACAGGCUGAAGCCGCCUCUUAAUGUUUUACUGGGAUCACUUAUUGGGUGCAAUCUCACGCUUAACGUUUUUAACCUGUUGUUUGUGUUGUUUGACCAUUUUCAUCCAGCUGCGUUGCUGUACUCCAUUUCAUACGCUGUUACUCUGUUUGCCAUGAGGACCAGUUUUAACUCCUCUCUUGGACUAAAUGUGUUUUACUACUUUCAGAUCGUUCCUGUCCAGAAGUCUUUUUUGGUUUGGGUGAAGACGCACAUCAAAGUCAUUAUGUACUUGACAUUGUUUUUUGAUAGAAUCUUCUUUUCUUUUGAAUUUGUUCUAGAAAUUAUGUACCCAUCGGAACAUGCUGUGCCUGCAGCGGACUUGAAUUUAACCAGUGUUCAAGUGAACAUCACCAAUGGAAACAUGGAUUUAAAAUAUUUACUGUUAACAACAAACUUUUGGCUUCUCUGUGGUUAUUUUUUCCUAUGUGUUUUCAUUAUGCUGGCAUCAAGCAGUGCCACCGUUUUCUACUUGUGGAGUCACAUGAAGAGCAUGAAGGAGAACACAAGCUCUUUCUCUGCACUUCAUCUUGAGAGGCAAAUGAGAGUGACCAUCAUGGGUGUUAUACAGACAGUCCUCUACUUUCUCUCCUCUGGAUCGCUUGCAGCAGAAGAUAUUAUUUUUUACUAUUUUGUUGAAAAUUUUGAUGAAGGUGAAUAUUUGUGUGACUCUGUUGUGGCACUAUACUCUCUUGGAACAACCAUCAUUUUAGGUUUUUGUCAGACAAUAUUCCGGCUUAGGGUGAUAGAUAUCUGGAAAAAACUUCUGCAAACCCUGAAAUUUUCAUCUGACUGA